CCUUGGUCUUUGAGCUGUACAGCUAUGAGGCUGACGAGGUGUAUCCAACGUACCCGGGCAUUGACAACUUGUAUGUGCGUUUCUUCAUGCACAAUGGCACAAACGACACCGAUUUCACAUCGUAUUCGCUCUUUGGAUAUGGUCCCAGCCACGAGUACAUCCCGUACUCGGAAUUCCGAUCUGAGGUAGAAACGUUUGCCGUACAGUCAACGCAAGAGUGGUGUCUUAGGUGCAAUUCAGCGGCCGUCUUUUGCACGGGGGUCUUGGACAGCAACGGAUCCGACUCCUCCAAGAAGAACAAAGGAAUGGCCCCAGCCGUGGCUGGUGUGAUUGGAGCUGUGGUAACGCUCGCGGUGAUCGGUUUGCUCGUUGCCUUGGGAUACUUCAUCUGGAGUAGGCGCAAGCGUCAGGGUAAUCACAAACCAAGUCUUGGAGGUUUCAAAGGAACUGACAAGCUUGCGAGUGACACUGAUCUGACGUUCAAAAGCCCUAUCUGGGACGCUUCCAAAUCUGUACACGCGGAGCAGAACAAUGACAUCGCUAGCGGUGUUGCCGUACGUGGGCACGAGCGAUUGGGUAGCUGGGAGAUGGGCCAGCAAAAGAAGGAGAUUGAUGAUGUCGAGUCGGCGAGUCACCGGCACAUGUCGACUCUCGAGGACGAAAACGAAGACGAAUGGCGCAUCCAUAGCGGCCUUCAACCUGUGAAGAUUCGGGAGAGUGUUUGAUAUCUUGCUGGUAGCAAUUGAUAGCGGAGCGCAAUAAUCAUUUUUAUUUUCUUACUCAUUGCCUGCCCAGGAUAGCAUCUCAUAGGAUAAUUGCCCUCACUCUGGAGAGGGUCGUCGAGAUUCGAUAGGCGGUAUCGUGCCUGCUGGCUUUGUGAGACUGAAAUAUCGGAGAUCCUGCCGAAAAGCCUCGACUUCCUGCCGACCAGCUUCGCCUUCCCUCUCACAUCGCUCUUCCUUUUCCUGUCCUUUUCCUUUCCUUUCCCCAUCGUCCUUUCCGUCUCCAUCUCGACAUUGCCGGAAGUUUUCUCAUCUCGUUCAAGCCCUUCGUCCUUUCGUUUCGGUAAGUUCUCCAUCGCCGACUCAUCAAGAUGAAGUACACCAUUCCAACGCUGAUGGCUUUGAGCCAGGUGACGGACGUUGUCUGUAACUGGACUCCCAACGCUCGAGACUGUAAGUAUCUCAUUGCCCCGCACUCAGACGCGAGAAGAACGCGAAGAAGAGCCCGCGUCCUUCUCAUCCCCGGCCAUCAAGUUUUCUCUCCACUCAAUCAUGGUCAUCAGUUGGGCCUUGCAGAGAGUAAUCCUGUACUCUGUACUUGUUCGUUGAGCGUGGACAGAGUCUGGACACAAUUCAACAGGCCCGAUCGAUGUAUCUCACGAGGACAAACGGUGCAUCGACCCGAUGCCCGGAUUGUCACUCAUCCAUCCUGGACUGUGAUUCGUGCAUCCAUUUCGGAAAGAACUGGUGUCGUUCCAGGACCUCUUCUGGUGUAUUUCACACACCUCAUGAAUGGGUUUCACAUGAUCGAAAAGGCCCUUCGAGGUGCUAACCGUGUAUGUAGGCAAGCUGCUUCGUCCCGGUCUGGACCUGAGACCGACACUCAGAGAGAAUUCUCCAAACAUCGCCGCUGUCAGCUCGGCUGUAGCCCAUCGGGCAGGCAAAGACGGUCGCUCCAAAGUCAAGUCGCACUGUCGACCAAUAACGCCCACACAUACAUCUUUGAAAGUCUCAUCCAUCCCGAUGGAUGCAGGCUUUUCUCGCUUUUUGCAAGAACAUUCUUCACCCACUCACCAGCGAGUCACAGCGGGAGGUCGUAUCGUCCCAAUGUUGCCUGAACAGCAAGUCCCAGCUGGAGGUCGCGUCGUUCCACCGGUGACUCCACCCAAACGGCCGAGACCUGCUCAGAGGCCCGGCAAAGCCAAGGUCCCUGGAAGGGUCGUGGAGGUCGAAAUAAUCGACUACAGCGGGGCACACAGCGCACACGAUGCACUUGCAGAUGUGAUUGCAAACGCACCUAAUGCACCUGAACAUACACCUGCACCCGCUGGGCUUUUACCUGCAUUUGAACGUGCCCCUGCAGCUGCGCUUGCACCCGCUGCACCAUCUUUAAAUCCCAAGGCUCCUGUUUUCGUACCCCAUGGCCCUCGGAUACCCACCACCAACGUAGCUCGCAUGAACUCCGCGCACAUUCAGAAUGGAGCAGGAAACGCUAUCCGAAAUUUCAACGAGUCAAUCGGUGCGGCGGCCCCAGUACCUGAAAAAUGGGCUCAUAUUUGGCCACCUUUCGCUCGGUCCAACAGGAAAGAAGGCGAACUUCAAGCAUUCGUGCAGGUCCGCAUGCAUCUUGCAGCGCAAUUCACCGUAUCGCCUGUUCAUGUGUAUGACCUACCGCCAGGCUUUAUCCUGCGAGGCAAUCCAGCUCUGAGUUUCCAGCCACACCAGCCCCUCCCUCUUGUCUUCCAUGGGGCUUGGAUCUUUCGUCCGCAAGUCAUUGGUCCCUUGGGAAUGUAUUGGACCUUCCUCACUGAGAUCUUCCGUGUGACCAACGAGGGUCACUUUCAAGCUCAGAAAGACUAUGGCACAAACCUGGGCCACCUGAUCCGAUUUGUGAAGAGGCCACUAGAUCAAUAUGAGGCAUUUAUCUUGAUUCACGCCACCGAAUGGCUCAAGUACCAUUGCCGAUUGUUCGACGAUCUGAUUGCAUCGGUGGACUAUCGCCGGGCGCCUCUCCCAGGUCCCGAUCCCGGUCUCACGGCUGAGCGGGUGUUUUACGUGAACAAGAGGGCCUAUGCCACGGAAGCCAUCAAGGAACUUGAGCAGGCGUUGGCAUUCGUCCACCUCCACAUGGACAGUCCUUUCUGGCGUGAGCUGAUUUGCCUGACCUUGAAUGGUCGUGUGUUGGAGGACGCACAUCACAGUCCUACCCGUGACGGCAAGAGUGACGUGUCGUCUGAAGACGAUGACCGUCACGAGGGCGCAGAGGACGUGUUCUCUGGCGACGAAGAAGCUUCGGUAUAUGCGGAGCAUUUGGAGUUCGCACACCCCCACGACAGUUUGGCACCGGGAGGUGGCCCCGUCGGUGCAAUUGGCCAGGCGGACGAAUCAGUGGUGGGCCACACCGAAAGCGGCUCCCUCGUCGACAUCGGGUCCUCUGAGUCUUCCCUGACCGAGAGGCAGCCUGCUCGGGGACAAGAUGAGGAUGGCCUGGAGGGUGGCGGCGGCGGCGGCGAAUCCUCGUCGCAAUCGGCAGGUGUUGAGGUUGGGCCCAGCAAGGGCAAGCAGAUUGUCAACCUCGGACAUUUGAGGUAAGAAUGAGAAUAGCUUCCAAAUUGUCUGAAGGGAAAUCUGAUGAGAUUUGAUAGGGAGUUGAGCGUUAGGCGCGGCGCUCACGUCGCCCUGCAGGAGCCCGCGGGCUCGAAGACAAUUUCGGACUGUCUGAGCAAGUCAGUGAUCACUCAGACCAAGACUACGGCGGCCGUGAGCCGUAGCCAUGCCCAUGCCGACAAGGGCAAAUUGUCGGAUGUCGAGACGAUGCUGGCCCGGAUGCGGGUUUGAAUUGAGGGGGAAGGGGAGUUCGGGAAGGGGGUAGUAGUCUGGGGGAUCUCGAGAGACGGUUGUAUGAUUAGUAGCCUCGACUAAAAUGAAAACCCCCGUCCGAUUCCCAAUUUGUUGAGUUACUGAUCGUGGGUGCAUUGGUUUCUGUGUUGUAUGGAAUGCGAUACUUCGAUGUCGAUAAGAGUGGCUUGUCACGUGGAUUCAAUGGGCAUUCCACAGGGCCUAACUAAACGGUUUACCGGCGGAGUCCAACCAAGUCCCGAGCAC